AUGAAUCCCAGGGGCCUCUUCCAGGACUUCAACCCCAGUAAGUUCCUCAUCUACGCCUGCCUGCUGUUCUUCUCGGUACUGUUGCCCCUCCGCCUGGACCGCGUCAUCCAGUGGAGCUACUGGGCCAUCUUUGCCCCCAUAUGGCUGUGGAAGUUCAUGGUCAUCCUGGGAGCUUCUGUGGGCGCAGGCGUUUGGGCCCGUAACCCUCGCUACCGCACUGAGGGAGAGGCCUGCGUGGAGUUCAAAGCCAUGUUGAUUUCUGUGGGCAUCCACCUGCUGCUGCUGAUGUUCGAAGUGCUGGUGUGCGACAGGGUGGAGAGGGGGACUCACUUCUGGCUGCUGGUCUUCAUGCCGCUCUUCUUCGUGUCCCCGGUGUCCGUGGCCGCUUGCGUCUGGGGCUUCCGACAUGAUCGUUCGCUGGAGCUGGAAAUCCUGUGCUCUGUCAACAUCCUGCAGUUUAUCUUUAUCGCCCUGAGGCUGGACAGAAUUAUCCACUGGCCGUGGCUUGUAGUAUUUGUGCCCCUGUGGAUCCUCAUGUCUUUCCUCUGCCUGGUAGUCCUCUAUUAUAUUAUCUGGUCGCUCCUGUUCCUGCGGUCCCUGGAUGUGGUUGCGGAGCAGCGAAGAACACAUGUGACCAUGGCCGUGAGCUGGAUAACGAUCGUUGUGCCUCUUCUUACUUUCGAGGUCCUGCUGGCUCACAGAGUGGACGGUCACAAUACAUUCUCUUAUAUAUCCAUAUUUGUCCCCCUUUGGCUUUCACUAAUAACGUUAAUGGCCACAACGUUUAGGCGUAAGGGGGGCAAUCAUUGGUGGUUUGGUAUUCGCAGAGAUUUCUGUCAAUUUUUGCUUGAAGUUUUCCCAUUUUUAAGAGAAUAUGGGAACAUUUCAUAUGACCUACAUCAUGAAGAUAGUGAAGAUGCUGAAGAAACAUCGGUUUCAGAAACCCCUAAAAUUGCCCCAGUGUUUGGAAAGAAGGCCCGGGUGGUUAUAACCCAGAGCCCUGGAAAAUAUGUUCCUCCACCUCCCAAGUUAAAUAUUGACAUGCCAGAUUAA